CUCCCAGAGGUGGGGGCUGCCCCGUUCCCUGAGCAGGCACGGUUCAUUGGAGGGGGCAGGGUGUGGCCAUCCGCCCGGGCUGCUCCUGGGGCCUGGGGAGGCACUUCCUAGCAGCUCCCAUGGGGCCCCACGUCAGUGGCCUGGGUGCCUCACGGUCCUGCCAGGAAGCUGUUUGUCAAGAGGGUGCCCAGAUGCCCAGCACCGGCUCCUCUGCCCCAGACUUGCUGGGGCCAGUAGGAGGGCAGCCAGCUUGCCUCAGGGCCGGGGAGCAGCAUUUGCCAUGUCCUCUGUCCUCAGUCCACAGGCCCUGAGGGCCGAGGCCUUCGGUGUUCUCCUCCAGCCCCUGGCCUGUGUCCUGAAAGCCGCUGCUCAGACUCCUGGGCUCCCAGGCUUGCCAGCCGGGAGCAUGAGUGACUCGGCGGUGGUGGACGCGCUCCUAUCCUCCAAGUCGGCCUGUGUGGGUCUCCUGUGCCAGACCCUGGCCCACGUGGAGCUGCUGCAGCCGAUGCCCCAGCGCCCCUCACCCUGGCCCCAGGCGCCGCUGCUUGGGGCUGCAGUGACAAUCCUGCGGUUCUGCAAUGGCUCGGCAGCCCCCACCUCCGACAGGGGGGGCCGCCUCUGUGUGAUCCUGGCGGGCUGUGUCCGGGUGCAGCGAGCAGCCCUUGAUUUCCUGGGGGUGCUGUCUCAGGGGACAGGCCCCCAAGAGCUGGUGACACAGGUGUUUGCUGUCCUCCUGGAAUACCUCAAGAGCCCCGACUCCAGCCCCACGGUACAGACAUGGGGUACAGGGGGAAGGCGGGGAGGGGGCGGGAGGUAGAGGUGGGGGGACCCCCUGCCAGCCCUCACUGGGGCCAGAGUCACUGCUCAAAGUGAGUUUUGAGGGGCAGGACUGCACGGGGUUUUGCCCAGGGCCUGGCGCUCGUGAAGACGGGGUGCUGAGGGCGCUCAGCCAGGGAACGCAGGUGACGUCCAGGUUUCUUAGGGGGCUCUCGACGGGAGAUGUGAAUGAGCCAGGUGGCCCCUGUGCUUGGGGUCCAGACGCUCAGCCGUGUUCCCUGCAAACAUACCAUCCUUACGGCAUACGGUUGAGUUGGGCCCUGGUGGGUGCAGAGUUAAUGCCACACGCCUCUAAGCCGGUGAUGCGAGAGCUGGGCGACAGGCCUGCCGGGGUGGGUUCCUGGGCUUUGGGGCAGAGGUGCCCUGUGUAGUUUGUGGU